CACGCGGGGCCGGGGGAGCGGGGAGGCGGCAGGAGCUCCCCGGGCCGGGCCUCGGGAGCCGGACCCGGGCCCAAGCCGCUGCGGAGCUGUGUGAGCCCGGCGGGGUUUGCUGCCUCCGCGGCGGCCCCGGCCCGGGGGAAGCUGCUCGGAGCGCCCAGAGGCUCUGGCGAUGGGCCGGGGCGCAGCGCGGGGGAGAGGCCCGGUCUCCAUUCGCCAGCUGGAUGCUAUUGAUCCCUUCCCUCGCCUCCUCUUUCUUCCUGAGCUCCCUCUCCCUAUUUAAUUCCCAUCCCUCUGCUCCUCCGCAGCCGCCCGGGCAGCGCUCCGAGAGGAGCCGGGCAGUGCCGGCACCCCGGGGGCGGAGAGCGGAACAGCUCGAAAGCCCAAACGACACGGCCAGGAAUAUACCCAGAGGAGCGGGGCGCGCACCUGCGGGCAGUAUUUAUUGCAGCCGGCGACCAGGUAUUUUCCUGUCGCCGCAGGGCUCCUUCUCCCGGCUCGGGAAGCGUCUCUGCCUCUUCGAAAAGAUCCCGAUUUUGGAGACUUUGCUCCUCAAGCCCGAGGGCAGCGGGAAGGCACACCCACAGAGCGCUGGCCGGCCACAGCCGAUACCCAUCGCACAGACCCAUCCAAGGGAAACGCGUGCAUCGCUGCCCCCGACCCUCCCGACCCCCAUCAAACUCCACUGCUGCCCUGGGCACAAAGCCACCCCCACGGCAGAUGUGACCCCCAUGGCAGAUGCCACCCUGAUGGCAGGUGCCACCCUGACAGCCAGCCUGGCUGGGGCGCGAGGCAGUGGCACCCCUUUCCCCGUACCCUCCUCUCUCCCGCAGCAGUAAUUGCUGCUGUAUUUAUCCAAACUAGGAGGGGGUGGCAGAGAAAGACUUCGAAGAGUAAUUUUCCGGGAAUUCUCCUCGGUGUAAUUGUCUUGAUAAUAAAU